AUGGACAUCGACAUGCCGCCGCGGCCAAGAACCAUGUCGAGGGACCCCACGCCGGCGGUCUCGGGGAUAGUGGAGCGGUUCGCGGGCCUCUGGUCGGCGCUCGCGGGCGCGAUGCUCGCGUGGAGCAUGGUGCGCCCGUACCUCCCGCGCCACCUGCUGCCGGACCGCCUCGCCGGCGGGUCCCUCCUGCGCUGCCACGCGCGCAGCCUCCUCGCGGGGCUCCUGGACCCCUACCUCACGGUCACCCUCGCCGAGUAUGGCGGCGGCGAGGGGAUGAGGCGCGGGGCCGCGUACGAGCGCGCCGCGGCGUACCUCGGCGCCCGGUGCGCGCGGGAGGCGCGGACGCUGCGGGCCGAGAGCGCGCGCGACGGCGGGGGCCGCCGCCGCUUCGUGCUCCGCGUGGACGACGGCGAGGAGGUCGCCGACGAGUUCCGCGGCGCCAUGGUGUGGUGGCACGCCGUGCCGGCGCCCCACCACCGCCACGGCGGCCCGCGGUGCGACGCCCCGGGCAAGGACGCCGGGCGCACGUACCGGCUCGUGUUCCACCAGCGCCACCGCGACCUCGUCGUCGACUCCUACCUCCCCCACGUCUGCCGUGAGGGCCGCGCCAUCAUGGAAGCCAACCGCCGCCGGAAGCUCUUCACCAACGCCGGCGAACGGUACGGGAAGUCGAGUUGGAAGCGCGUGGCGUUCAAGCACCCGUCGACGUUCGCCACGCUGGCCAUGGACCCGGCCAAGAAGCGGGAGAUCAUGGACGACCUCGACGCGUUCCGGAAGGGGAAGGAGUACUACAGGCGCAUCGGCAAGGCGUGGAAGCGCGGGUACCUCCUCUACGGCCCGCCGGGCACCGGCAAGUCCUCCAUGAUCGCCGCCAUGGCCAACUACCUCGACUACGACAUCUACGACAUCGAGCUCACGUCCGUGUCCACCAACACCGAGCUCCGGCGCAUGUUCAUCGACACCAAGGGCAAGUCCAUCAUCGUCAUCGAGGACAUCGACUGCUCCCUCGACCUAACCGGCAAGCGCCGCAGUAGGCAGCAGCCGCUGCCGGGCCCCGCCGACGAUGACGCAGACGCACCGCCCCCUGAACCGACCUCGAUCGGCAGGGUGACGCUCUCCGGCCUGCUCAACUUCAGCGACGGCCUCUGGUCGGCGUGCGGCGGCGAGCGCGUCAUCGUGUUCACCACCAACCACGCCGAGCGGCUGGACCCGGCGCUGAUCCGGCGCGGGCGCAUGGACAAGCACAUCGAGAUGUCCUACUGCUGCUUCGAGUCCUUCAGGUUCCUGGCCAGGAACUACCUCGCCUUGGACGCCCACCCCCUGUUCGACGACGUCAGGGCGCAGCUGCAGGAGGUCGACAUCACCCCGGCCAACGUCGCCGAGAUCCUGACGCCCAAGCGCGCCGGCGACGACGAGGGCUCCUGCCUCGCCGGCCUGGUGGAGGCGCUGCGGGAGGCGGCGGCGGCGGCCAAGAACGCCACCUCCAACAACAUCCAAGAGGACGGGGAGGUAGUGGAGGAUGAGUAGAUCGAGAUGCUGGCUACUCAAGUUUAGGCCUUUGACAAAGUUUGCUCAACCUCAACUGCAUCUUAUGUUCGUUGCUAGCUGCUAUCCAUGUAUCAU